UUGACGUCCCCGCCGCGCCAUCUUUGGAAAACAUUGAGCUCUACACUGAAUGAAACUUAAUUUUCGUCGUUUGAGAGGACUGCUCGUUAUAUGGAGUAAUACUCUUACAUUUCCAGGUGUGUGAUCAGUGAAGGUGAUCAUGGGGGUCAAGGCUCAGCGCCCUCGAUGCUUCCUUGACAUAGGAAUCAGUAAUGUGCUUGUUGGUAGAGUCAUAGUGGAACUGUUUUCUGACAUCUGUCCCAAAACCUGUGAAAACUUUAGAUGCCUCUGCACGGGUGAGAAAGGCAUCGGGAAAGGAACCCAAAAACCACUCCACUACAAAGGAUGUCUGUUCCAUCGAAUUGUAAAAGACUUCAUGAUUCAAGGAGGAGACUUCAGUGAAGGUAACGGAAGAGGAGGUGAAUCCAUCUAUGGAGGCUUUUUUGAAGAUGAGAGCUUUGCUGUAAAACACAACAAGGAGUACCUACUUUCUAUGGCUAACAGGGGCAAAGACACUAAUGGAUCACAGUUUUUCAUAACAACGAAACCUUCGCCACAUCUGGACGGUGUCCAUGUGGUUUUUGGCCAUGUAAUCUCUGGCCAAGAGGUUGUUCAAACCAUGGAGAACCAGAAAACGGACCCUAACAGCCGACCAUACGCUGAGGUCAAAGUGUUGAAUUGUGGAGAGCUAGUCCCAAAAUCAAAAGCAAAGAAAGAUGAGAAAAAGAGGGAGCAAGCCUCAUCCAGUUCCAGCAGUAGCUCCAGCGACUCUGAUAGCUCAUCCAAAUCAUCCUCUGAUUCUGAGGAAUCAGAGAAGGAAUCUAAGAAGAGGAAAAAGAAGGCCAAAAAGCUAAAAAAGAAACAGAAGAAGAAGGAGAAGAAAAAGUCUGAGGCUGAAAGUGCUGAAGAAAAAGAACAAGAAGAUUUAGUUACUUCUACUGUACGUCCUGAAGAAAUACCUCCCAUCCCAGAGAAUCGGUUCCUCAUGAGGAGGAGUCCCCAGGAGGUGCAGAAGCCAAAGGAGGAGACGGAAAAGAAUGAACGAAAUAAAGAAGAGAGGCCAAGAGAGAGUGCCGGCAUUUCAUUUAACUCUCGGUCAGCAUAUCACAGAAGACUCGUGAUGACACGGUCCGGGAGAAAGAUUAAAGGCAGGGGUCCAAGGCGGUACCGAACUCCAUCACGCUCUCGCUCAAGGUCCAGAGAUCGUUUUCGGCGCAGUGAAACCCCUCCGCACUGGCGCCUGGAGAUGAAUCGUCAGAGGAUGAGGGCCGUAACUGGGGAGCGCUGGAUAAAGGGGGACAAAGGUGACAUGAAUGAAGCCAAGGAUGACGCUGCCAAACCUCCCAGACGAGAGAGACGGACGUCUAACACAAAGCAUGAAAACGCAGCUGAGGCUAAAAAAGACAAGAAAACUCGGCCACAUAGAUCCAAAAGCAAAGACAAGGACACUGCCGAGAAGGAUGAGAAACAAAACAAACACAAGGCAAAGAAAAGGGACAAAUCUCAUAGCCGUAGUAAAAGCAGAGAGAAGAGUAAGAGGUCAAAAAGCAGAGAUAGGGCACACAAGCACAAAAGUGAUGACAAAAGAGGUCGCUCAAAGAGCAAAGACCGAAGUGCUGCUAAGAAAGAAAAGGAGUCAGAAUCCAAUCAUAGUAGAGAUAGAGAGAAGGGUCAUGAGACGGAUAAAAAGAAUAAAGAAGACGCCAAAGGAAGAAAUGGGGAGAGAGUUAGAGCAAAGUCAAAAAGCAAGGAAAGAUCAGUGACAAAAGAUAGGCACAGGUCUAACAGCAGGAGCAGGGAUAAGAACAGAGUGGCACCUUCAAAAGACAAAGAAGAAAAACGAGACAGAGACAGGGCCAGAGACCGCAGCAGGAGUCAGGAGAGACGACACAGUAACAACCGAGAGAAUAAGAAACGAGGAUCCUCCAGGGAUAAAGACCGUCGGACGAGAAGCCCCGACAGAAACAAACCUAGAGACUCUCACAGAAGCAGGCGCUCCAGAAGCAAGAGCAACAAAAGAGACCACAGCAAAGAGCGCUCAUCUCACAGAAAGGACCGAGACAGAGAGGCUACCACCAGGAGGAGGAGACGAAGCAGCAGCUCUGACAGCGACAGAGACGGGAAAAGGAGGAGCCGAAAGAGCCCGGACGCCAGAAAAGGCAGGGCGAAUAGUACCUCAAAAUCUAGAGAAAGAAGAAGCCCGGCCAAACCCAGGCCAGACAGUACAAAAGGUAAAGAUGGCAGAAGUGUCAGCAAGAGGAAGAAAUCAAGCUCGAGCUCAAGCUCUGACAGUGACUAAGACUGUGAUAACAUGUUUAAAGAAAGUUUGGAUUUCUAAAAUCAAUCCCUGUCUUUUUUACCCUUUACACAUGUGCAGCUUGAGCUUUCCACCCAGAGUGGUGCUAACUUAUUCACCUGGAGCAGUUCAGCCACAUCUAACACAGUGGCUCCAAACCUAUUCAAACUAGUUUCCCCAGGCUGGAUAAAUCAGUUCUACCUACACUCUGGACUUUGUUCUGAUUGGAAGUUGUGGAUUUCACUGCUGCUGGGAAGCUGAAGCUGCAUGAGAGGUUAAAGGAUAAUGAAUCGUGACUAAAAAGAAGAUUGACCUACAGCUUGAACUGUUCAAUCAGCUGGACAAAAAGCCCCAGCUUGUCUUUUAAUUGUACAUGGCGUGAAGGCGCCAGGUCCAUAGUUUUUCUUUGUUUCACAUUCUUUGGUAAAUUUUGUUUUUUGACUUUACGGUAGUAAUUAAAUCUCAGACUUUUUGUAAAAACAUGUUUUAAGAUUUUACUGCAGAAGAGAGCCUUUUAAUGUCUUUGCCAUGAGGACAUUAGUUUUAAUGUUAUUUAAAACGGUGUUUGAGAGGAGUGCCUAAGUUGUUAAACGUCAAAGGUUUUAAUUUUUAUUUUGUUUUACGACCAUCAAACUAAAAGAGAACACCUGUAUUUUCUUGCAUGCCUCUCCCAUUGAUGAAAUGUACCACCAUGACUUUUUAUUUUGUGAAUCCACAACCUUUUACUGUCAACUCUUGUUUACCAGUUUCAAGAUACCCAUUUUGUUUUUCUUAAAUGAAAAAAUGCCAAUGUCAAGCUGUAAUUACAACAUAAAACAA